AAGCGCGGCGAGAGGGCGGUUUGCGCCUGCGCAGUGCCACCCUCCUGCUUGGUCCCCCUUUCCAACGGCCCAUUGGGACUGGGAUGGCGGGGGCCCGAGAGGUGGUGACGCUCCAGCUGGGGCCCUACGCGGGCUGCGUGGGUGCCCAUUGGUGGGGACUGCAGGAAUCUUCAUACAUCUCUGAUUCCGCGACUGCAAGAUCCGACGAGACCCUUCACCACAAUGUGCUCUUCCGGCCGGGAAGAUCCUCCCAAGGGCAGGAGACGUACACCCCCCGCCUCAUCCUCAUGGACCUCAAAGGGAACAUGGGCUCUUUGAAGCAGGAGGGAACCUUGUACCACGAUACCAAUACCGACACCCCCGUGGCAUGGAAGGGGACUCUGACGACACACCGAGAAGAUCCGUCUCCUGUUAACCCCUUCCUAAAAGGCCUUGGCAGGUCAGAGGAUAACAGGUCUUCUGGCAGCGGCUAUUCUCCUAGGACCCUUCCCGGUGAUGCUGAGCGGCAGCAUGAAGCUCCAGAGACGCUUCCCUCGGAGGCCACGGCACACGUUUGGUCGGAUUUCCUCCGGACAUCUCUGCACCCCCGGAGCACAUUAGCCAUCCAACAGUACAGUCACGAAGGGGAUUCGAGUCAACUCGAGGCCUUUGGGCAAGGAGAAAAGCUGCUACAAAGCGCUGCGUAUGCCGAGGAGCUGGAAGACAGGCUGCAUUUCUAUGUGGAAGAAUGUGACUACCUGCAGGGUUUCCAAGUCCUCUGCGACCUGCACAGCGGUUUUUCAGGCAUUGGGGCGAAGGUUACCGAGCUACUUCAAGACGAGUAUGCCGGGAAAGGAGUCCUGACGUGGGGCCUGGCUCCAAUGCACAAGUCUGCAGUGAGUAUGAAAGAGUUCAUGCACUAUAUUACACCUAAACAUUAGGACAGCAAGAGCUAUUUG